UGAAGCCGGGGGGCAGUCGGGCGGGUCGCAGGCUGCCUUUUUUAGGAAUAUCUCACUUUCGCCGGCGACGUCUCCACAAUGCUGGCGGGCCACCGGGAGAGCAGCAGGGCCGGCUUUGCCCGGAAGAAGCCGCUCAAGAUGAACAUGGUGAAGAGGAUCAUGGGCCGGCCGCGGCAGGAGGAGUGCAGCCCCCAGGACAACGCGCUGGGCCUCAUGCACCUGCGGCGCCUCUUCUCCGACCUGUGCCACCCGCCCCGUCACAUGACCCAGAAGGAGCAGGAGGAGAAGCUCUACAUGAUGCUGCCCGUCUUCAACCGGGUGUUUGGAAGCGCGCCUCCCAGCACGAUGACGGAGAAAUUCUCUGACCUGCUGCAGUUCACCACCCAGGUGUCCAGGCUGAUGGUUACCGAGAUCAGACGGAGGGCGUCCAACAAAUCAACAGAGGCAGCCAGCCGGGCCAUCGUCCAGUUCCUGGAGGUGAACCAGAGCGAGGAGACCAGCCGGGGCUGGAUGCUGCUGACCACCAUCAACCUGCUGGCCUCAUCAGGACAGAAAACGGUGGACUGCAUGACGACGAUGUCGGUGCCCUCCACGCUGGUGAAGUGUCUGUACCUGUUCUUCGACCUGCCGCACAUGUCCGAGCCUCCCGGGGCCGCGCAGACGGAGCUGUCCCUGGCUGAACGCCGCGCCCUGCUGCAGAAGGUCUUUGUACAGAUCCUGGUGAAGCUGUGCUGCUACGUGUCCCCGGCGGAGGAGCUGGCCCAGAAGGACGACCUGCAGCUGCUGUUCAGCGCCAUCACCUCCUGGUGUCCCCCGCACAACCUGCCCUGGAGGAAGAGCGCCGGGGAGGUGCUGACCACCAUCUCCCGACACGGCCUGAGCGUCAACGUGGUCAAGUACAUCCACGAGAAAGAGUGCUUGUCGACGUGCGUCCAGAACAUGCAGCAGUCAGAUGACCUCUCACCCCUGGAGAUCGUGGAGAUGUUCGCGGGACUGUCCUGCUUCCUGAAGGACUCCAGCGACGUGUCCCAGACGCUGCUGGACGACUUCCGCAUGUGCCAGGGGUACACCUUCCUCUGCGACCUGGUGCUCAGGUUAGAGCAGUCCAAAGAGGAUGACGCCAAAGACGCCCUGAAGGACCUAGUGAACCUGGUGACGUCUCUGACCACGUACGGCGUGAGCGAUCUGAAGCCGGGCGGGCUCACCACGGGAGCGCCCUUUCUCCUGCCCGGCUUUGUGGUCCCACAGCCAUCCGGAAACGGGCACACGGUGAGGAACGUCCAGGCCUUCUCCGUGCUCCAGAACGCCUUCCUGAAAGCCAAGAGCAGCCGCCUCACCCGUACAAUCCUGGACGCCAUCGGCAACAUCUACAUGGCCGACAACGCCAACUACUUCAUCCUGGAGUCCCAGCACACGCUGUCCCAGUUCGGCGAGAAGAUCGCCAAGCUGCCCGAGGUGCAGGCCAAGUACUUCGAGCUGCUGGAGUUCGUGGUGUUCAGCCUGAACUACGUGCCGUGCAAGGAGCUGUUCAGCGUGAGCGUGCUGCUGAAGGCCAGCACCUCCUACCAGUGCAGCAUCACGGCCACGCGCACCCUACUCAAGUUCGGCCGCCACGACCCCGUCUUCAGCGACGUCUUCCGCGAGGUGGGCCUGCUGGAGGUGCUGGUCAACCUGCUGCACAAGUACGCCGCCCUGAUGAAGGACCCCGCCCAGGCCCACAACGAGCAGGGCGCCGAGGAGGGGCGGCUCGCCGGGCGCGGAGAGAUCCCAGAAGGUGGGUCCAAGAACAACAGUGUGGCGGAAGAGCAGAAACAGCUGGCCUGGCUGGUGAUGGAGACCCUAACGGUUCUGCUCCAGGGGUCCAACACCAAUGCAGGUCUUUUCCGGGAGUUCGGAGGCGCCAGGUGUGUCCACAACAUUGUGAAGUACCGUCAGUGUCGCGAGCACGCGUUGAUGAUCAUCCAGCAGCUGGUGCUGUCCCCGAGCGGGGACGAUGACAUGGGGACUCUGCUGGGACUCAUGCAUUCUGCACCCCCGACGGAGCUGCAGCUCAAAACCGACAUCCUCAGGGCUCUCCUGGCGGUGCUGCGGGAGAGCCACCGCACCCGGACCGUCUUCCGCAAGGUGGGCGGCUUCGUCUACAUCACCUCCCUGCUGGUGGCCAUGGAGACGUCCCUCUGCUCGCCGCCCCGGAACGGCUGGGAGAAGGUGAACCAGAACCAGGUGUUCGAGCUGCUGCACGCCGUCUUCAGCACGCUGACGGCGGCCAUGCGCUACGAGCCCGCCAACUCCCACUUCUUCCGCACCGAGAUCCAGUACGAGAAGCUGGCCGACGCCGUGCGGCUGCUCGGCUGCUUCUCCGACUCCAAGAAGGUGGCGCCGGCCGGGGCGCUGCCCUCCAACGCCCAGCCCUUCCAGCGGCUGCUGGAGGACGAGCCGCUGGCCGCCGACAGCGUCUGCCCCCGCCUCAGGCACUGCAGCAAGCUCUUCAUCUACCUGUACAAGAUGGCCACUGACUCCUUCGACAGCCGUGCAGAGCAGGUGCCUCCCUGCCUGACGCUCGAGACCUCCCUGCCCUCCCCCUGGGGCACGCCGGCACUCGCCAGGAAGAGACAUGGCUACCAUGGUUACCAUGGCUCCGCCUCGUCCGCGGCGCUGCCUGCGAAAGCCACCGUAGAUGCCAAGCUCCACCAGGGGAACCCAUCCCAGCUGUCCUCCGAGUCUGUGGUCAUCCAUCCCGGGGCGGGCCUGGCCAUGCUGGACCUGCUGGCCUCCGUCAGCUCCGACGCUCAGCCCGAGCAUGCCCUGGACCUGCAGCUGGCGGUGGCCAACAUCCUGCAGCUGCUGGUGCACUCGGAGCGGAACCAGCAGGUCCUGUGCGAGUCGGGCCUGCACUCGCGACUGCUGCAGCGCUGCAGCAGCGCCCUGGCGGACGAGGACCACCCCCUGCACCCGCCCCUGCAGAGGAUGUUCGAGAGGCUGGCCUCGCAGGCGCUGCAGCCCAUGGUGCUCAGGGAGUUCCUGCGGCUGGGGAACCCGCUGAACUGCGGAGCCUGGGACAAGAAGCUGCUGAAGCAGUACCGGGUCCACAAGCCCAGCUCCCUCAGCUACGAGGCGGAGAUGCGAAACAGCAUGACGAUGUCCACCGAGGGCUUCGGGCCCGACAGCGUCUUUGCCGUGACGACAGAGGACAACAGCCAGUACCGCAUCAGCAGGAGCCUGGUCCGCUCGCCCGAGGGCAGCACCGUGCCGCUGACCCGCGUCAAGUGCCUGGUCUCCAUGACGACGCCGCACGACAUCAGGCUGCACGGCUCGUCGGUCACCCCGGCCUUUGUGGAGUUCGACACGUCUCUGGAAGGCUUUGGCUGUCUCUUCCUGCCCAGCUUGGCUCCCCACAACGCGCCGACCAAUAACGUCAACGCGUCAGGGGUCAACGAUGGGGCGGUGGUCAGCGGAAUCGGAAACGGGGAGCGACUCUUCCCCCCUCCCUCGGGGCUGAGCUACUCCACCUGGUUCUGCAUCGAGCGCUUCAGCACCCCGCCGCAGCACCACCCGGUGCGGCUGCUGACGGUGGUGCGCCGGGCCACCUCCUCGGAGCAGCACUACGUGUGCCUGGCCGUCGUGCUGUCCGCCAAGGACCGCUCGCUCACCGUCUCCACCAAGGAGGAGCUGCUGCAGAGCUACGCGGACGACUUCUCAGAGGAGUCCUCCUUUUACGAGAUCCUGCCCUGCUGCGCCCGCUUCCGCUGCGGUGACCUCAUCAGCGAGGGACAGUGGCACCACCUGGUGUUGGUGAUGAGUAAAGGCAUGCUGAAGAACAGCACGGCCGCGCUCUACAUCGACGGCCAGCUGGUGAACACGGUCAAGCUCCACUACGUCCACAGCACGCCGGGCGGCUCAAGCUCCACCAACCCGCCGGUGGUGAGCACGGUGUACAGCUACGUCGGCACGCCCCCCGCCCAGCGGCAGCUGUCCUCGCUGGUGUGGCGGCUCGGCCCCACCCACUUCCUGGAGGAGGUGCUCCCCGCCACCAGCGUGUCCGCCGUCUACGAGCUGGGCCCGGACUACGUGGGCAGCUUCCAGGCCGUCUACCUGCCCUGUAAAGACUCCAAGGCGGAGGCCUCCCCUCCUUCGCCCGUGGCCCUGGUUCCUGAGGAGAAGGUGUCCUUCAGCCUCUACGCCCUGUCCGUCUCUGCCCUCACCGUGGCCAAGAUCAGGAAGGUCUAUAACAAGCUGGACAGCAAAGCUAUCGCCAAGCAGCUGGCGGUGUCCUCCCACGAGAACGCCACGCCGGUCAAGCUGAUCCACAACGCGGCCGGUCACCUCAACGGCCCCGCGCGGACGGUGGGGGCCGCGGUCAUCGGCUACCUGGGUGUCCGCGCCUUUGUCCCCAAGCCGGUGGCCACAAAUCUGCAGUACGUCGGAGGCGCGGCCGCCAUACUGGGCCUGGUUGCCAUGGCGUCAGACGUGGAGGGGCUGUACGCAGCAGUGAAAGCGUUGGUCUGCGUUGUCAAGAGCAACCCGCUGGCGAGCAAGGAGAUGGAGCGGAUCAAAGGGUACCAGCUCCUGGCCAUGCUGCUGAAGAAGAAGCGCUCUCUGCUGAACAGCCACAUCCUCCACCUGACCUUCUCCCUGGUGGGGACCGUGGACAGCGGCCACGAGACCUCCAUCAUCCCCAACUCCACCGCCUUCCAGGACCUGCUCUGCGACUUCGAGGUUUGGCUUCACGCGCCGUACGAACUGCACCUCUCCCUGUUCGAACACUUCAUCGAGCUGCUGACCGAAUCCAGCGAGGCGGCGAAGAACGCCAAACUGCUGCGCGAGUUCCAGCUGAUCCCCAAACUGCUGCUGACCCUGCGGGACACGUCCCUGUCCCAGCCCACCAUCGCCGCCAUCAGCAACGUCCUCAGCCUGCUGCUGCACGGCUUCCCCAACAGCUACGACCUGCUGAGAUUUGGCCAGUUCAUUUCCUCCACUCUGCCCACGUUCGCGGUCUGUGAGAAAUUCGUCGUCAUGGAGGCCAGCAACGAGGAGAAAAUCGAUGGAGGAAACGAAGAUGAUUUCGGGGGGCUUCUCUCCGCCAAUCUCAUCUUGCUGCGGAACAGGCUCCUGGACAUCUUGCUCAAACUGCUCUUCAACUCCAAAGAGAAGUGUGCUGUUAACAUGCAGGCGUGCGAGGAGCUGGUGCGCACGCUGGGCUUCGAUUGGCUGCUGAUGUUCAUGGAGGAGCACCUGCACUCCAGCACCGUGACGGCCGCCUUGCGCAUCCUGGUGGUGCUGCUCAGCAACCAGCCCAUCCUGGCCCGCUUCAAGGAGGGGCUCAGCGGAGGCGGCUGGCUGGACCACACCGACUCGGUGCUCACCAACAAGAUCGGCACCGUCCUGGGUUUCAACGUGGGCCGCGGCGCCGGGGGCAAGUGCACGGUGCGGGAGAUCAACCGGGACGCCUGCCACUUCCCCGGGUUCCCGCUGCUCCAGAGCUUCCUGCCCAAGCACACCAACGUGCCCGAGCUGUACUUCCUGCUGAUGGCGCUCUUCCUGCAGCAGCCUGUCACGGAACUGCCUGACAGCCUGCAGGUAAAUUUUGACCUGGACUCCAUCUGGACGUUCAUCUUCGGCGUGCCGGCCUCCAGCGGGACGGUGGUGGGGUCCGUUCACAGCGUGUGCACCGAGGCGGCCUUCCUCCUGCUGGCCAUGCUGCGCAGCAUGCUCAACCUGCCCUGGCAGUCUGAAGAGGAGGGCUCCUGGCUCAGAGAGUACCCCGUGACUCUGAUGCAGUUCUUCCGCUACCUCUACCACAACGUGCCCGACCUGGCGCCCAUGUGGGUCAGCCCCGAGUUCCUGUGCGCCCUGGCAGCCAGUGUCUUCCCCUUCAACAUCAGGCCCUACUCCGAAAUGGUGAGCGACCUGGACGACGAGGCGGGCUCUCCGACCGAGGAGUUCAAGGCCUUCGCGGCGGACUCGGGCAUGAACCGCAGCCAGUCCGAGUACUGCAACGUGGGCUCCAAGACCUUCCUGACCAACCACCCCGCCAAGAAGUACGUCUUCGACUUCAUGAGGGCGCUCAUCAUGGACAACCUGUGCAUGACCCCCGCCAGCAAGCAGACGCCCACCGUCGACCUGCUGCUGGAGGCUUCCCCCGAGCGGUCCACUCGCACCCAGCAGAAGGAGUUCCAGUCCUACAUCUUGGACAGCGUCAUGGAGCACCUGCUCGCUGCCGAUGUCCUCAUGGGCGAGGAGGCGUCACUGCCCAUCACCAGUGGGGGGAGCUAUCAGAUCCUGGUCAACAACGUCUUCUACUUCACGCAGCGUGUGGUGGACAAGCUGUGGCAGGGCAUGUUCAACAAGGAGUCCAAGCUAGUGGUGGAGUUCAUCGUGCAGCUCAUUGGACAGUCCAAGAGGAGGUCCCAAGGCUUGUCCCUGGACCCUGUGUACCACUGCCUGAACCGGACCAUCCUGUACCAGCUCUCCCGGCCGCACAAGACCGUCCCUCAGCAGGUGGCCCUGCUGGACUCUCUGCGCGUGCUCACCAUCAACCGCAACCUCGUCCUGGGCCCCGGCAACCACGACCAGGAGUUCGUCGCCUGCCUGGCCCACUGCUUCAUCAACCUGCACGCGGGGAGCAGCGCGGAGGGGUUCGGCCUGGAAGCAGAGGCACGUAUGACCACCUGGCACGUCAUGAUGCCAUCCGAGUCCGAAACCGAUGCGCCACACAGCCAGGACGUCAGCGAAGGCCGCCAGCUCCUGCUGAAGGCGGUGAACCGCGUCUGGACGGAGCUGAUGAUCAGCAAGAGGCAGAUGCUGGAGGACAUCUUCAAAGUGACUCUGCCCGCCAACGAGCGCGGCCACGUGGACAUCGCCUCCGCCCGCACGCUCAUCGAGGAGCCGGCCGCCAAGAGCUGGCAGAACCACCUGGCCCACGAGAAGAAGUGCAUCAGCAGGGGCGAGGCGGUGGCCCCCGUCACCCAGUCCAAGCUGUCCCGCGUCAGCAGCGGCUUCGGCCUCUCCAAACUGACCGGGGCGCGGCGCAGCAGGAAGGAGAGCAGCAUGAACAAGAACAACCUCUCGGCACAGGAAACUUUCCAGUGGAUGUUCACACACAUCGCAGUUGUUCGGGACCUGGUUGCCAUGCAGUACAAAGAGUACCAAGAGAGGCAGCAGAACGCACUGAAGUACGUGACGGAGGAGUGGGCGGGGAUCGAGUACGAGCUGCUGCGGGAGAGGGGCCUGUGGGGCCCGCCCAUCGGCUCCCACCUGGACAAGUUCCAGCUGGACAUGACGGAGGGGCCGUGCCGCAUGAGGAAGAAGAUGGUGCGCAACGACCUCUUCUACAUCCACUACCCCUACGUGCCCGACAGCGAGCCCAACACCAGCUCCCAGCUUGACUCCACUCAAAGCCCCCCUCCUGUACCCCUUUUCGCCUCUCCGGCUCUCAUCCCACUCCAGAAACCGGUCCGCUACCGCCGAGCCAUCAGCUACGACAGCAAGGAGUACUACAUGCGGCUGCUGUCCGGGAACCCGGGAAUGUACCAGCACUCCAUCGAGCAGAGCUCCGAGAGAGAGACCGCCCAGCACGAGCCCGAGCAUGGGGAGGACACCAUCGCCAGGGUCAAAGGCCUGGUGAAGGCCCCCCUAAAGCGGUCACGCUCCACAGCGGAGGGGACGGACGAGGACAACCAGGAGCUGCCGCAGGACCAGCUGCAGGAGUUGGCAGGCAUGGACGAGGAGGAGAAGACGGACCACACCUCGCUGCUGAGGCUGCUGGAGGAGGGGGAGAAGAUCCAGCACAUGUACCGCUGCGCCCGUGUGCAAGGCCUGGACACCAGCGAGGGCCUGCUGCUCUUCGGGAAGGAGCACUUCUACGUGAUCGACGGCUACACCAUGACCGUCACCCGGGAGAUCCGAGACAUCGACACGCUACCCGCCAACAUGCACGAGGCCAUCAUCCCCAGGGGGGCACGCCAGGGGCAGAGCCAGCUGAAGAGGACCUGCAGCAGCUUUGCCUAUGAGGACAUCAAAGAGGUGCACAAGCGCCGCUACCUGCUGCAGCCCAUGGCGGUAGAGGUCUUUUCCGGGGAUGGACGAAAUUACCUGUUGGCAUUCCAGAAAGGAGUCCGAAACAAAGUCUACCAGAGGUUCUUGGCAGUGGUGCCUUCCCUGGCCGACAGCUCAGAGUCCGUGUCUGGCCAACGCCCCAACACCAGCGUAGAGCAAGGGUCUGGCCUGCUGAGCACUCUGGUGGGUGAGAAGUCUGUGACACAAAGAUGGGAGAGAGGGGAGAUCAGCAACUUCCAGUACCUUAUGCACCUCAACACCUUGGCAGGCCGGUCUUACAACGACCUGAUGCAGUACCCCGUCUUCCCCUGGAUCCUGGCCGACUACGACUCGGAGGAGCUGGACCUCACCAAUCCCAAGACGUUCCGUAACCUGGCCAAGCCCAUGGGCGCCCAGACGGACGACAGGCUGACCCAGUACAAGAAGAGGUUCAAAGACUGGGAGGACCCUAAUGGCGAAACUCCUGCCUACCACUACGGCACACACUACUCGUCAGCCAUGAUCGUGGCAUCGUACCUGGUCAGGAUGGAGCCGUUCACACAGAUCUUCCUCAGAUUACAGGGAGGUCACUUCGAUCUGGCCGACAGGAUGUUCCACAGCGUCCGAGAGGCUUGGCUGUCCGCCUCCAAGCACAACAUGGCCGACGUCAAGGAGCUCAUCCCUGAAUUCUUCUACCUCCCAGAGUUCCUGCUCAACUCCAACAACUUUGACCUCGGCAGCAAACAGAACGGCACCAGGCUGGGGGACGUGAUCCUGCCCCCGUGGGCAAAGGGCGACCCCAGGGAAUUCAUCCGGGUCCAUCGAGAGGCCCUGGAGUGUGACUACGUGAGCGCGCACCUGCACGAGUGGAUCGACCUGAUCUUCGGCUUCAAGCAGCAGGGCGCCCCGGCGGUGGAGGCCGUCAACGUCUUCCACCACCUCUUCUACGAGGGCCAGGUGGACAUCUACAACAUCAACGACCCGCUCAAGGAGACCGCCACCAUCGGCUUCAUCAACAACUUCGGCCAGAUCCCCAAACAGCUGUUCAAGAAGCCACACCCACCCAAGCGUGUGCGCAGCAGGUCCAAUGGGGAGAUCCCGGGCAUGCCCGUGUCCCUCAACUCAGCCACAGACAAGAUCUUCUUCCACCACCUGGACAACCUGCGGCCCUCAUUGGCCCCCGUCAAAGAGCUGAAGGAGCCGGUGGGGCAGAUCGUUUGCACAGACAAAGGCGUCCUGGCCGUGGAGCAGAACAAGGUCCUGGUACCCCCCGCCUGGAACAAAACCUUCGCCUGGGGCUACGCUGACCUCAGCUGCCGGCUGGCCAACUACGAGUCAGACAAGGCGGUCAUUGUAUACGAGUGCUUGUCCGAAUGGGGUCAGAUCCUGUGUGCCAUCUGUCCCAACCCGAAGCUGGUCAUCACUGGUGGCACGAGCACAGCCAUCUGUGUGUGGGAGAUGGGCACCUCCAAAGAGAGGGCCAAGACGCUCACCCUCAAACAGGCCUUGCUGGGCCACACGGACGCGGUGACGUGCCUGACGGCCUCCUCGGCGUACCACAUCGUCGUGAGCGGCUCGCGGGACCGCACCUGCAUCAUCUGGGACCUGAACAAGCUGGCCUUCAUCACCCAGCUGAGGGGGCACCGCGCCCCGGUCUCCGCCCUCUGUAUCAACGAGCUCACGGGUGACAUCGUGUCCAGCGCGGGGACCUACAUCCACGUGUGGAGCAUCAACGGCAGCCCCCUGGUCAGCGUGAACACCUUCACCGGCCGCAGCCAGCAGAUCCUGUGCUGCUGCGUGUCCGAGAUGAACGAGUGGGACACGCAGAACGUCAUCGUCACCGGCCACUCGGACGGCGUCGUGCGGUUCUGGAGGAUGGAGUUCCUGCAGGUGCCUGAGACCCCCGCUCCAGAACCCCAGGAGCCCCCUGAGGUGCCCGACUGCUGCACUGAGGAAAAGAUGGAUGGCCGCGAGGCUCACGAUGACGACAGCAGCGAGUCGGAGGGCGAGGACCAGAGCAUGAGCCAGGAGCCCAAGCCCAGGCCCGCCCACGGGCAGGCUGGCCGCCCCGCCCACCACCGGCACAAGGGCGCCGCGGGCCGGCCCGGGGCCUCCUGGUCGGGCGACAGCGGCUCGGACGACUCGCGGCGCUGGUCCGACACCCUCAGCCUGGACGAGAAGGACGGCUUCGUGUUCGUCAAUUACUCCGGGGGCCAGACGCGGCCCGGCCACCACCACCAGCCCCCGCACGCCGUCCCGUACAGCGGGGUACCUCAGCCCCUGCAGCCCACCAAUAUGGAGGCUCGCACCUACAACCAGCUCAGGCCCGGCUACAGAUGGGAGCGCCAGCUGGUGUUCCGGAGCAAGCUCACCAUGCACACGGCGUUCGACCGCAAGGACAACGCCCACCCCGCCGAAAUCACCUCGCUGGCCAUCUCCAAGGAUCACAGCAAGAUCCUGGUCGGGGACGGGCGGGGCCGGGUCUUCAGCUGGUCUGUGAGUGACCAGCCGGGCCGGUCGGCCGCUGACCACUGGGUGAAGGACGAGGGGGGAGACAGCUGCUCCGGCUGCACCGUGCGCUUCUCCCUGACCGAGAGGAGGCACCACUGCAGGAACUGCGGCCAGCUCUUCUGUCAGAAGUGCAGUCGCUUCCAGUCGGACAUUAAGCGUCUGAAAAUCUCCUCUCCGGUUCGUGUGUGUCAGAACUGUUACUACAACCUUCAGCAUGAGCGUGGGUCCGAGGACGGAUCCCGAAACUAGCCCACCCCCC